AUGGGGCUGAGCCCGGGGCUGCUGCUCAUCGGCGGCUCCUUCGCGGCGUUCCGGCUGCUGAACCGCGGGCUGGAGCGGCUGGUGCCUCCGCCGCGCCCCGCGCUCCGCAACCGCUGGAAGUGGCGAAACAUCUGGACCUCGUUCGCGCACAGCCUGCUGAGCGGCGCCGGGGCGCUGCUGGGGUUCUAUCUCCACCCGCAGAUGGCGGAGGACCUGAUCAGAACUCACUCCCCGGCUGCACACAGCGUUGUCUCAGUAUCUAUAGGAUAUUUUCUCCAAGAUUUUGUGGAUAUGUUGUGUAAUCAGAAGCUUCACCAGUCCUGGGAGCUGCUUUUCCAUCACUCGGUGGUGCUUAUCUGCUUUAGCUUGGCAGUGCUGGUUCAUCAAUAUAUUGGAUUUGCUCUUGUGGCUUUGCUUGUAGAGAUUAACUCCAUCUUCCUGCACCUGCGACAGAUUCUGCUAAUGGCCAACCUGAUGCACACCACCUGUUACCGCCUCAACAGCAUCAUAAAUCUGGGCACCUACAUAGUGUUUCGCAUCACUACACUGGCCUGGAUGACACGCUGGCUGGUCCUAAACCGUGAGAACAUACCGCUGGCAACAUAUACUGUGGGCACAGUGGGCAUGGCCAUCAUGACACCCAUGAACAUCAUCCUCUUCUACCGCUUACUGCGCAGUGACUUCCUCAAGUCCAGCCGGGAGGCGUGGCGGGAGAAGGAGAAAUAGUUCUGCCCCCAUUGCCCUGCAGGCUGUCCAGAAAAUCAGCAGCCCAGGGGUCAGACAGGAGGGACUGCAGCCAGCGGAGAGUAAGCACUGAUGUGUUCAGGAGUGCGUCAGUAUCUUGUUUGAAGGAAUGGAGGACAAUUACAGUCCUCUCAAGAUGAGAUUCCUGGGCUUUUCUGGGGGCUGCAGUUGCUUUAUAACACCACCUGACAGCUGUGGGGAGACCGAGUGGACAUGGCAGGGAAGGAAGGCCUUUUCAGGCCAGAAUUCAGGGCUUUGUUUCCCCCCUGCACCCUCUGCUGGGAUGAUCGGUUGAGGAGUGGCUGCUUGCGGGAGCUUUGAAGAGGAUUCUGCAGCAGCAUGGGGCGUGGCCUAGAUAAGGAGAGAGUUGUCCUUCCCACAGUACUGAACUUAGAAAAUCAUCUUAGCUUUUUGAAACACCCUGUCUCUGUGCAGCUGGUCUGGAAAUCCUCAGGGCCCCCCAGGUACCUGCAUGGUCUAUGUCACCAUAAUUCAUAACAGUUGAAAGUAUCAAAACAAUUUCUCCCAAGCCCCCCGCUGUGUGUGAAAUCUCACUGAGGGAGUGCUAAGCUGAAUGUCUACAAUUUGCAUUUGUCUCCUAACCUGUGAGGGUUGUGGUCUCCUCUCUUGCAGGCCUGAGUGGCACAGUCCAAUUCCAGCCCUUGUGAUAGUUCUUUUCUGCACUUAUGAGCCCCCUCUUAAGGACUGACAGGUUAAUUGUCCCAGAGGAACAUAGUUGUGAUGGAAGGUCGUGGUAAUGGGGUGAGACAUGAACUCUUGGGUAGGUUGAGCCAAUCCAUGGGGUGGGGGGGGGUCAGGACAGAAAGCUUUAAUUGGACGCUUUUCGGAAGGGAGCUAGUGCAGAGCAAAGGGGUGAGGUUGCGGGAGCUCUGUCAGGAUUUGCAGUUUCAUUCAUAGAUGUAAUAAGUUUCAGUAACUGAGUCUGAAUCACUGACCUGGUCUGUGUCUAAGAGGAUGGUGUGGAAUCUUCUGACCAGCUGCAGAGGGGAAGUGGAUGUCUUGCAGAUGUGGCUUUUUUGGGCAUCUAAAAGGAGUAAAGAGUCCAUCAGGCUCUGGAGGCUGUGAACCCACUUAAUAAUCUGUGGGCAGAUGUCUGCGCCCUUCUGGGCUCCUGUCUUGGAGCAGCCUUUGCCAUGAGGACAAGGACAGGAGGAAAGUGAGCAAAAGAAGUGAUUUGGACUUCUUGAACCUCAGAGAAAAGUUGGUGUGGUAUGGACUCCAUACUGUGGAGUUGUCAUGAACCCCUCCCAGCCCUAGCAUUCUGCCCCACAUGCUCCUGCCAUGCUUGCUUUGACUGACUUUGAGUUGUGGGGGAGGGGAGGGAGGUGGAGUCUGGCAGGACUCUGUUUAAGUUUUUAAACCCUUUUUACAUCCUUGUUCAUCAGACUCUCAGGUGACACAGCAGCCCUCUGGUCAGCCUCCCAGACCCCCGUAAAAUCUUGACAGGGCUAGAUGUCCCCUGGGGCAGAACUCCACUCCCCCUGGGUCCCAAGUGUGGCAGUGGUUUUCUGUCUCUGUAGUUUUCUGACCA